GGUCCGAGCCGUUGCGACCGUGAGAUUUUUGUAUUCGGUGUAAAUCCUUCCCUUGCUUCCGCAUUCUCUCCCCACGCAACCAUGAAGGGCUCCUGGAUGUUGGCCGCCGCCACGGCGGCGCUCACUUCAACUGCGUUUGCGGAUUGCAACUGCCACUGCCUCCCUGGCGACAGCUGCUGGCCCUCCACGUCGUCCUGGGAAUCGCUCAACACCACGGUCGGUGGUCGCUUGGUCGCAACCGUGCCUAUUGGAAGCCCCUGCCAUGAUCCCAACUACGAUGCCGCUGCUUGUGCGGCGUUGAAGUCCGACUGGACCACCCCACUGCCUCAUCUCGAGUCUUCGUCCUCGAUCAUGCAGACCUACUUUGCCAACCAGAGCUGCGACCCCUUCACUGCGGAGUCCCGGCCAUGUCUCCUGGGCAACUUCGUCAGCUACGCAGUCAACGUCUCGUCCAGCGACGAUGUCAUUGCCGCCGUGAAGUUUGCCAAGGAGAACAACAUCCGUUUCGUUAUCAAGAACACUGGUCAUGACUAUAUGGGCCGCUCGACCGGCGCUGGCGCCCUCUCCGUGUGGACGCACCAUCUGAAUGACAUUGAAUACAAGGAUUGGUCGGAUUCGUACUACCAGGGUCCCGCAUUCCAGGUUGCCGCCGGUGUGAUGGGAUACCAGAUCCUCAACGCCGCCCAUGCGAAAGGGCUGGCCGUUGUGACCGGCGAGUGCCCGACGGUCGGCCUCGCUGGUGGCUAUAUCCAGGGUGGUGGUCACUCGGCCCUGAGCACCAAGUUCGGCCUGGGAGCCGACAACACGCUGGCCUUCGAGGUUGUCACCGCCGACGGCCAGCUGGUCACGGCCUCUCGCACCCAGAACUCCGAUCUUUACUGGGCUCUGAGCGGCGGUGGUGCUGGCAACUACGGUGUGGUCAUGUCCGUCACCGUCAAGGCUCACCCUGACGCCAAGAUCUCCGGUGCUGGCCUCCAGUUCGCAGCCACGGCCAACAACACCGAGGCCUUCUGGGAGGCUGUCGCCAAGUUCCACACCCUGCUGCCCGAGAUGACCGAUCAGGGCGUGACGGUGAUCUACCAGAUGGUGUCGGGCAUCUUUGCCAUCAACCCCUUGACCGCGUACAACAAGACCGCCGACGACGUCAAGUCCAUCCUGGCACCCUUCACCACCGCCCUCACGGACCUCGGCAUCACCUACAAGGUCUCCUACACCGAGUAUGACACCUACUACGACCACUACAACAAGUACAUGGGCCCUCUGCCCUACGGCAACCUGGCGGUCGCCACGUACCAAUACGGCGGCCGUCUGAUCCCGCGUGACGUGCUCGAGAACAACCCCAGCGGCAUGGCCUCCGUGCUGCGCAACCUGACCAGCCACGGCGUCGUCGCCGUCGGCGUGGGCAUGAACGUCUCGCAGCCGGGCAACGUCUCCAAUGCCAUCUUCCCGGCGCUGCGCAACGCCGCCGUGACCAUGCAGAUCGGCACCAACUGGAACGAGACCGCGCCGUGGUCCCAGAUGGUCGCGGACCAGUACAAGAUCACCAACGAGUACGUGCCCCAGCUCGAGGCCGUCACCCCGGGCAGCGGCUGCUACCAGAACGAGGGCGACUUCCGUCAGCCCAACUGGAAGGAUACUUUCUUCGGCAGCAACUACUCCCCCCUGCUCACCGUCAAGUCGAAGUGGGAUCCCACCAACUUCUUCUACGUCCUCAAGGGUGUCGGCAGUGAUGCCUGGACUGUGUCCGAGUCGGGCCGGAUGUGCCGCGCUCAGUAAUUGCUUCCCGGCGUUGUUUUCCUUUAAAUAAAUAUAUAGACUGAUAGACUGUGAUCUUUCUUUGAUACCUUGUGAUAUAAAAAAGUAAGUUUCUAAUAUACUACGAGAAUUAAUGAACAUAUCUUGCUAUAAUCC